CCGGUCCGGUCCCGGGAGGCCCCGCCGGAUGCCCAUGAGCGCCAACACCAUGAUCUUCCUGAUCCUGGGGGCGUCCGUGGUGAUGGCCAUCGCCUGCCUGCUGGACAUGAACGCGCUGCUGGACCGCUUUCACAACUACAUCCUGCCGCACUUGAGGGGCGAGGACCGCGUCUGCCACUGCAACUGUGGAAGGCACCACAUCCACUACGUGAUCCCGUACGACGGCGACCAGUCUGUGGUGGACGCGUCGGAGAACUACUUUGUCACGGACAAUGUGACCAAGCAGGAGAUCGACCUGAUGCUGGGGCUGCUGCUGGGCUUCUGCAUCAGCUGGUUCCUGGUUUGGGUGGACGGCCUGCUGCACUGCGCCGUGCGCGCCUGGAGGGCCAGCCGCCGCUACGACCCCUCCUGGUCGUGGCUGCCCAAGUUCUGCCAGCUGAAGGAGUUUGGGAAGCGCCAGCAGUACGAGGAGGAAGCGGCGGCAGCGGCGACCACCGCGGGAAACAUGGUGCACAUCAAACAGAAGCUCUACCAUAACGGGCACCCCAGCCCACGACACCUCUGAGCCCGCCGCGCCCCGAGGACUCGGCCUGCCCACCGCCCCCAGCCCUGGCCGCCGGCGGGGACCGCGCCGGUGGACCGGGCCGACCCCGGACCUCGGUCCCCACGCUCCAAGUCCCCAGACUUCGGACACUGUACAUAUGUACACAGGAUCUUUGCCUACUGUCCCCCAGGCCGGCCGGGCCCGGGCC